AUGCCCGAGGAUCUCGCGGCUCUUAAGCGUCAACGUACGACCUUGAAAGGUUCGUGUACGCGUAUCAAAACGUAUGUUGAGGGGAUUGCGGCCCCAAGCCCGGUGAUACUCGCGCAGAUUGAGAAACGCAAACUUAAGUUAGAUCACUUUUUCACGGAGUACAACCGAUUGCAAUGUAAGAUAGAGGCGCUAGACAAAAAUGAGUACUUGCGUGCAUCAUUGACGGGCGACGCAAGCAGCGUCGUCAAUUCAUUAGAAAUUUUGGGCGCUAAUUAUAUGGUCGCGUGGAAUUUACUAAAGGAACGCUAUGACAAUAAACGCGUUAUCGUGCAAAAUCAUAUUAAGGCUUUAAUGAGCCUACCGUCAAUGAUAAAAGAAAACUCCUCAGAACUGCGCCAGAUUGCAGAUGGCGCUGCUAAGCACUUACACGCGCUAGAAGCCUUGAAGCAACCUACUGACAAGUGGGACGAUAUUUUAACAUACGUGUUAAGCUCUAAAUUCGAUAACCUCACGCUUCGCGAAUGGCAAUCGUCACUCACGGGCUCCGAAUUGCCUACGCUUAAACAAUUUUUUACAUUCAUUACGCAUCAUUGCCAAACUCUUGAAGCAACCUCCAAGUCAAGUGCUCACGCUGCAAAGAGCGACUCAAGGCCUAACCAAUCGGGUUCUCAAUUGAAACGUCGUUUGCCCUGUGCCGCUACAGUCAAGCUCAAGUGCAACUAUUGUCAGGGAGAGCAUUUAAUAUACAAUUGCAAGGAUUUUCUAACACUUCCGGUUGCCCAAAGAGUAUCAGAAGUCCGCGGUCGAUGUUGCAAGGUGUGUCAAGCAAGGUAUAACACUUUGCUACAUGUGAGCACUUCACUCAAGUCAUCAAAUGACAGUGCAACUAAGGGUGAUGACAUGCAACCAGCCGUGUCUUCCACCGUCUUGACAACGCAUGCCAUCAGUCAGCGCGAUAGCGAUCAUCGUGUUUUAUCCAUCGCGGUUGUCUACGCCUUUGAUCACGAAGGCUCGCCUAAGUUUUGCAAGGCGUUACUAGAUUGCGGCUCACAGAUCAAUUUCGUUUCUAGAAAAUUCGUAGAGUCCCUCUCCUUGAGACCAAGAAAUUUCAAUCUCUCGAUAUCCGGAGCAAACGGUGCUACCACUAUGUCUUCACAAGCCGUCCGAUUAAGAAUACAAUCGAGAAUAAAUUCUUAUACGACGGUUAUCGACUGUGUAGUUGCCGAUCAAGUCACGGAUAAAGUUCCAAUCGUUUCUUUCAAACGGUGCAAUUCUGCCAUAAGCAAUACUACGUUACAUGAACAAUUGAACAAGUUUUGUCAAAUGGAGGACAAUUUCGCACUUUCGAGCAAUUACACGCCGGAGGAAGCAUUUUGCGAACAGCAUUUCUUAGCGAACGUAACGCAAAAUCACGAAGGAAGGUAUAUUGUCAAGCUCCCGAUCAAAGAGCAUCUUCUUGACGCUCUCAAGGACUCCAAGGCAAAUGCCUUGCAAAGAUUCACCUAUCUGGAGAAACGCUUCAAUCGUGAUCCUUUAUUAAAGAGCGAGUACUCGCGCUUCAUGCAAGAGUAUAUUUCCCUGGGCCAUAUGCGCCUAGCAGACCCGCAACCACAGGAAGAAGGUAUGUCAUUCUAUUUGCCGCAGCAUUGCGUGUUCAAGGGCCAGGAUCGUAGUUCAAAGAUACGCGUGGUUUUUGAUGCGUCGUGCAAGAGCCGCAACGGCUUAUCACUCAAUGAUGUGUUGAUGGUCGGCCCCGUCGUCCAACAGGACUUAGCUACAAUUCUGAUCCGAUUCCGCACUUUCCAAUACGUUCUGGUUGCCGACAUAAUUAAAAUGUACCGGCAGGACCCUCCAUCGUCUCAGCAAAACUCAUUCUGCAAGAACUAUGGCAGGCGGGAGAUUGAGACAAAUCCGUUCCUCAGGACAUCCAGACUCGUUGGUCUGACUUCCGAGCGCAAUUAUUAG